AUGAUGCCGCCUCGCCUCGCCUCGUCCCGCCUCGUCCCCGCCCUCGCGCUUUUCGCGCUCCUCUGCUUCGCGCGCGUGGAUCACGCCGCGUGCAACGCGCGCUCGCUCGGCCUUCCGCGUUUCGCGGGGAGGUUCGGCGGGUUGGUGGGGGGAGCGGGGACAGGCGGUAGCUGGUCCUUCUUCCGCCCCCCCCGGACCGGCGGCGGUGGCGGAAAUGGGGCGACGAGCGGCGGGCAGAGCGGACAGGGCGGGUUGGGCUCGCAAGGAGGUGGCGGAAUGAGCGGACAACCGGGUAGCGCGGGCGGGGGAGGCAUGGGCGGAGGGGAAAUAGGCGGAGGAGGCAUGGGCGGAGGAGGCAUGGGCGGAGGAAGCAUGGGCGGAGGAGGCAUGGGCGGAGGAGGCAUGGGCGGAGGAAGCAUGGGCGGAGGAAGUAUGGGCGGAGGAAGCAUGGGCGGGGGAAGCAUGGGCGGAGGAGGCAUGGGCGGAGGAGGCAUGGGCGGAGGAGGCAUGGGCGGGGGAGGCAUGGGCGGAGGAGGCAUGGGGGGAGGAGGCAUGGGGGGAGGAGGCAUGGGCGGAGGAGGCAUGGGGGGAGGAGGCAUGGGGGGAGGAGGCAUGGGCGGAGGAGGCAUGGGGGGAGGAAGCAUGGGGGGAGGAGGCAUGGGCGGAGGAGGCAUGGGGGGAGGAAGCAUGGGGGGAGGAGGCAUGGGCGGAGGAGGCAUGGGGGGAGGAAGCAUGGGGGGAGGAGGCAUGGGCGGAGGAGGCAUGGGCGGGGGAAGCAUGGGCGGAGGAGGCAUGGGCGGAGGGGGCAUGGGGGGAGGAGGCAUGGGCGGAGGAGGCAUGGGGGGAGGAAGCAUGGGGGGAGGAGGCAUGGGCGGAGGAGGCAUGGGCGGGGGAAGCAUGGGCGGAGGAGGCAUGGGCGGAGGGGGCAUGGGGGGAGGAGGCAUGGGCGGAGGGGGCAUGGGGGGAGGCAGCGGGUCAUCGGGUGGGAGUGCGUGUGGCAACAGCAGCAGCAGCAGGAGCGCCAAGCUCACGAGCAGCAAUGGCAAGAGGGUGAUGGCAAGCAACGGGUGUCCGGGGUACGACUGGCAGGUGCAGGCAACCCUAUACUCGCCGCUGCAGCAGGCGCUGUCCUUUGCCGUGCCGCUCGCCCCCACGCUCUCCUCUACCUCUAUUCCCGUCGCCCUCCGCGGCUCCUGCAAGAUGGGCCCCAUUGGCUUCGCACUUAACGGCGUGCCCUUCUACAGUGCAUGUGACGCCCUGGGGAGGGACGCCUUGCAGUACGAGGGCGCCACGUUUGACACGUGUGGGGGGCACCCCACGCCCUCGGGCCAGUACCACUACCACGUCGCGCCCGGCCUCGCCAACCCCUCUGCCAUCUCCGCCUCUCGCACCACCGACUUCCAGCUCUGCACCUCGUCCUUCUGGCAGGACGCCCCCGGCCAGCACUCCCCCCUCGUGGGCUUCCUAGCAGACGGCAUUCCCCUCUACGGCCCGCGGGGGGCAGGGGGAGCGCUGCCCUCUGGGCUGGAUGAGUGCGGGGGACACGUGGGCAACGGCAGUGGGGGCGAGCCGGCGUUUUACCACUACCAUGUCGGCAGCACAGCGCCCUACACCGUGGCGUGCCUCAAGGGCUGUGUGGCGUCGUCUGACUGGGGCACCCUCGGCUCCGCCUCUUGCAGCAAGGCCAGCAAGCAAUACGACUACUCGCCCCUGGCAGCAGUGCUGGCAGCAUAG